AACAGUUGUACAACGUUCAGCAGUCGGUGCACCUCGCAAAAGAGGCGUCACCAUUAUUUAAAGAACCUGACGUGUUUAGAACAGUGCGCGCGCAAUGAACCAAACCCAAGCCCCAGUGUCUUGUAUCCCGACUGCCACCAAGAUGUCAAAAGCCAAGAAGGUCCUGGAUGAGGCCCGGGAAACCCAAAAUCCCGAGCUGGAUCUCGCCGACAAGGGCAUAAACACCUUCGAGGAGAUGCCGGGAUUGCUGAAUAUGUUGAACAUAACUCGAUUGACACUGAGUCACAAUAAAAUUCAAACAGUCCCCCCCGGACUCGCAAAUCUAGUCAACUUGGAGAUUCUCAAUCUCUUCAAUAAUCACAUCACGGAACUGCCGAUUUCGCUGUCUCAAAUGCCGAAAUUAAGAAUUUUAAAUGUUGGAAUGAAUCGGCUGGAUGCCCUUCCCCGAGGCUUCGGGGCCUUUCCAGUUCUCGAAGUCCUGGAUCUCACCUACAAUAAUUUAAGCGAGAAGAAUCUCCCAGGUAAUUUCUUCAUGAUGGAGACUCUGCGUGCGCUGUACUUGGCCGACAACGACUUUGAGUAUCUUCCCGGGGAAAUUGGUCAAUUGAGAAAUCUCCAGAUUAUGGUCCUAAGGGAAAACGACUUGAUUGAAUUGCCCAGGGAAAUUGGGGAAUUGACCCGACUCCGGGAGUUGCAUAUUCAGGGGAAUCGAUUAACUGUUCUCCCACCAGAACUGGGAAAUUUAGAUCUCGUGAGCAAUAAAGCUGUAUUCAGAAUGGAAUUUAAUCCGUGGGUUACGCCUAUUGGAGAUCAAUUGCAGGUGGGGAUCUCCCACGUUAUGGAUUACAUAAGAUCUGAAACGUACAAAUAUGUUUAUGAUCGCCAUCAAAAGGCCAAACCUCCACCACCGGCAAUAGAGAACGACAAGAGCAAGAAAAUCUCUCGAAUGCGUUGAAGAGAAAAUUAAAUUAAAAAGUGCAAAGACUAACCCAAGGGAGAAUCGGGCAAAAUGGAACGUCCUAAACCUUGAGAUGGGCAGAGUGAAAAUCAACUUUUUAUCAUUUUGAAAGUCAUUAACAAUAUUCCUCUUUGCCAUACUCUGAAAAUCUCACUGCCAUUUAUGUUAGUCUUCCGAUAAUAUUUGUGCCUUACAAUGUUAAUACCUCAGAGAAAUGUCAUAUUUAUGUAAUAAUAACGUUAUUUUAUACUACGUCGCCAUUUCAUGUACUGAAAUAAAUACUAACGACUGUCACAAAUUA